AUCCGAGCCCUUGUUCGGAAGCCAUCCAAGGGCGCAGGGAUACGCUAAGAUACAGUUCCUGUUGCUGUGAUGACCACAGACAUGAGCACAGCAGGUGUUCAUCGAGGCUUCCUCAAAAAAUAUGGCGGCUUCAUGUUUAAGCAGUGGAAGGAGAAGUACCUUGUGCUGACCAUAGAGGGUAACCUGCUGGUGUGCCGGGAUGCAGAGUCCCCUCCAGACCAAGUGGUAGCACUACAUAGCAGCUGUGAGUCAAUUGCAGAGGGACGAGAAAUACUUGACCUGCCCAAGUUGCCUCCAGGGGGCAGGAGGGACUGCUGCUUUGCGCUUAUCCUGCCACAGAACAAGUUCCUGCUGCUGCUCUCAGACAACCCAGACGACUGCAUGCUCUGGUUGAAGGUCAUCAGGAAAGUGAGAGAGGGUGUCAUGUCACCCCUGACACUCCAGAGACAACGCAGCCUCACUCCCUGCAUCACAGAUAGAGAUCCCCUGCCCGACUCUGCCAGUGAUAAAGACCCCGGGUCACCCAGGGUUGGUGAGGGCACCCCUCCUCUGAAUAGGGUCACUGAACGGGGAGGGUCCUUCAGAGAAAGAGGGCAAAACCAAGCAAAUGUGUCACGGCGGCCUCUGCGUAGUGUUUCUGUGGCACCACCCCACCGUGUGUCCGACUGUCUUCGCCAUGGCAACAGCAGUGAUGCCCGGGCAGUGAGGGCAGUAUGCUUACUGAUGGGAGGUGCAGCAGCCUCCUCUGCUUUGGGCUACCUCAAUUCCUGCUCCCCUUCCUCUCCCCUUGCCACAAGACCCCCAGAAAUUGCCCACGGCACAGGGGGCUUCUCUGAGCUUUCUGCCGGGGGCUCCUUCCACGCCUGCAGCCAGGAUGUCGAUUCCCCACACUUUAACAGCUUUGACUUUGAAGGAGACUCCGACUUUGAUGCAUUUGACUGUGGAGGAUUUGCUUUUUAGUUGACAGACCUUUCAAAUUCCUUAUUCUGAUGUUUUUAAUAUAAGUAUGUUGUUAUUUACUAAUCAGCUGUUGGGUAAUCUGUAGGACUAAUUUAGCAAUUAAUAAAGGCGUGCUUCCUGGCUUUAUACCAAUGCUCCUCAGGUUAAUCAUAAAUAACCUUGACUCCUAUAAACACUGUCUGUCUGUGUUGUAUCACUUUUUCCAUGCCAUGGCUUGAUGUUAACUGGGCCAGCAGUUUGAUUUCAGUCACACAGACAUUUAUAAGAACAUGUUAGUCUCAGAUUUGGAUUUGUGUCAUAAAUUUGAGAAAAGAUGAUCUCACUGAAUACUCUUUUUCUCAUCCACAUUUCUCCCAGUGUCUUCUGCCCUGCUUUUGGAAGUUACCCUUUCACCUAUGUGCACAGUGUAAUCAUACAUGGAAUGCAGUUUAAAGGUGAACACUGAAUAAAUCCUUCUGUCAGCAUGA